UAGGGUUAUAUUGGGCCUGGCCAUGACAACCAUCGCCAUGAUGUUCCAGAAUUAAAGAAAAAAGUUUGAAAACUCGUCAAAAAUGUAGUUUAUACGGCUCAAAAGGAGUUACACAUGAUGCAGGGAUAUAGUUAAGAAUCUCAAGAACACAAUGAUGUAAGAUAUUAGACCUAAAUAUAUAUGGGGAGGAAAGAAGAUAUCGAUAUGGGACUUUUCAAGCAGCCGAAUAGGAAUUCGAGAAGGAUUGAACGAAAGCAUUUGCCAAUUCCUACAGGGCCGUUCACCGUUGGAUGUUUAGACUUGAUGAGUGAGCCCAAUAAGAAUGGAACGUUCGUCAGAUUGUUCUACCCGACGCAGUCGACUGAUAUAUUUGAAAGGCACCUUCAAUGGCCCCUUUGGUUACCACGGAAACAUUACUUUGAGGGUUAUGCAGAUUUCCUCAAUUGGCCUGCCAAGGUGUUCGGGAAAUUGUUACAAUAUUUCGGAGGAGAUGUGUACGCCCCAGUAUUGUGGCAGGCCUCAAUACUACGUGGGCACAAGUACCCAGUAAUUGUAUUCUCCCAUGGUAUGGGGGGCAAUCGUACCACAAAUACAACCUUAUUGAUGGAUGUCGCCAGCUAUGGCUUUGUUGUAGCUGCUAUAGAACACAGAGAUGGUUCAGCAUCUAUGACAUAUCACUUAAAAGACAGCUUUAACAACAAUGUGGGUGAAACACGAGGGGAACACUUCCACAGGCUUCCAAGCUUUACUCACGAUGCAGAGUGGCUCAAAUAUGAAAAAAUCUCACCAUUAUUUAACUUUGAAUUUCGGAAUAAACAGGUCCACCACAGAGCUGACGAAUGUGUUAAUACAUUGAAUCUACUGACAGCUCUCAAUGAAGGAGGAGACAUCAACAACGUCCUAUGCUUCCAGGAAUUAACAGCGCUCAAUUUUAAAAAUCGGUUCAACUUGAACCAAGUUGCAGUAGUUGGCCACUCAUUUGGGGGUGGCACAGCAGUCACAGCUCUUACCAAAGAUUCCAGAUUCAAAGUUGCCAUUGCACUAGAUGGCUGGUUUGACCCAGUAGAGUCAGAACUUUAUUCCAAGAUACAAGAUCAGCCCAUCUUGCUUCUAAACAAUGAAACAUUCCAAUGGGCUGAUAACAUCAAAGAUCAAUUCCGUUUAAUGCCAGGCAACCUAGAUAAUGACCAAGGUGACCUAGAAGAGAAGAGAAAAAUGAUCACCUUAAUGGGUGGGUGCCAUCAAAGCCAGACUGAUUUUCAGUUCAUGAUAAGCAAACAGGCUGGUCGAUUCAUGAGAAUGAGACACACUCUGGACCCAAAAUGCUGUAUGCACAUCAAUACCAGAGCUGUAGUGGGAUUCCUGAGAAAGGCCUUCAAAAUUCCAAAUGUUGAAUAUUUUGACGAAAUUCUUGAAGGAAAUCACGAACAUUUGAUAAGAGGAACUAAUGUUGAUCUCUCAAGCACAUGGAAACCAUAUUGAUUAUUGUUUCCAUGACAAAAUAUAUGCAGUAGCUAUGACAACCAUGAACAAUUAUUAUUGAAUUGGCAAAUCAUAACAGAAACUCGAUAAACAAGGUAUAAAGAAGACAGGGACUUCAAACUAGCAGACUGAUCGGGAAUCAGAAGACAUGAAAUAAUAAUUAUGUCCAUGAAGAAAUCAUAUGCAUAUACAGAUACAUGUAUAUAUGUAUAUGAUUUGCAAAUACUGUUCUUAUGCUAAAUGUGGCACUUGUUUUUAAUUUGGUGAUUAUGACCCAGAACUAAUCAAGUGAGAUAAAGUGGAAAGAAUGAAUGAAGUUCACUUCAUUUCUAUUAUCUCUGCCAAAAAUUGCCAAAAUCAUGCUACAUUAGUAGAACAACAGUACUUGACAUCAAUCCAGGACUGAAAAACAGGAGAUUGUUAUAUAUUAACAUAUUACUGGAAGAGGUUUGAGCUUAACAGAAACCCACCUACAUUAGGUUUGUGAGAAGUAGUGCUUUGAUGCUUACCUUUUGCAUUGUUUGCCCAUUGUUCAUGGGUUUGGGGUGACAAGUACUAUCAAGACAGUAUCUGGUAUAACAUUGAUAUCCAGUAAAACCUGUAUACAGUGAAC